AUGCACACAAAAGCUCUUCCAUCGAUCCGAUUUUUAUUGGAUCCACCAACAGACUAUGAAUCUCCUGAUACUAUAAAAUCGGAAAUAUCAUUUGAAGGUUAUGGAACAAAAACUUCACGAACACCGCCACAAUUAAGAUCAUCACAAGAAGAAGAAAAUGAUCAUCAUUAUUAUAUGACCCCUGCUUAUCAAAAUAUUACAACUUCUUCUCUCCCUCCACCUAUUCAACAACCAUCUCUUCAUCAACAAUUUUCUGUCUUUACACCUUUUGAAAAACAAUCACAAAAAUCACCACAAAUCAUCCCUAAUAUUGAUAUCAAUACUUCUAAUAAUACUUUACCACCUAUUGAAAUUAAAUGUGAAAAUCCUUUACCAUCUAUUGAAAUUAAACAAAUUAAACGGGAGCAUUCUUUAUCACCUCUUGAAAUCAAACUUCAAAGUAAUAUGAGAAGACAUUUAAGAGUACAUCGUAUGGGUAGACCUGUAAAAAAAAUUCGAUAUGAUGGUGAAGUUGAAGGUGUUAAAAUGAAUAAAUUGAAAAAUCAUUUGUUUGAUGCGUAUUUGGAUUAG